GUGAACAAAAGAAAUUAAUGGAUGUACGCAUACGCAUAGAUGUUUUACACAAUAGCAAAAAAAUUCCAAGUAUCGCAAAAUUUACGUCUAUUAAACAACAAUCAUUGGCAUAAGCAUUAAGCUGAUCACGCUUUUAAUGUCGCAGGGCAUUAUACAAAGCGAAAGCUCAGUUAUUUACUUCGUUCAUAACUUAUUCCCAAAGGUCACUACAUUCAGAAAUAAUAAGCAGGGUUGUCAAAUGCACUGCCAUUUCAUUGGAAUGCAAGACUGUUUGUGUGCGCGGUGGUGGAAGGGUGAUUUAGUGGACCUUUGUUAAGUGCGGUGGGAGGACUCAAAGGAAUAGACGGGUGAUGAGGAGCUAGAUUAUUGGGCAUUUAAUUGUAAUGCUUGAAAUGCGCGUCCAUUAAUUGUUUCUCCACACGCUUCUUUUCAAGCGUACACACUUGACUCAAGUACAGCAUUAAGAAAACUUUCGCUGGAGAUUCCCGACAUCUUCGAAUGCAUCUGACAUGGUGGCACCUACCUUCGUGAGGAAACUUUGCAUUGCCUCUCUUGCACUGUGCAAGAUAGUGCUUUCUUUGACGCUAAUUUACAUUUCGAGUGACCGUACCAGCACGCUUCAAUUAUGGAACACAACAGGAACCAGGAACUCAAGGAUGAUUGCAAACGCUCCAACAUCGGAAAACAGCUCUGGAUGGAAUAUAAUUACCGCAUGCCGUAAGCCUAGUUUAAAGAUACUUUACUUCGUCCACACUGCUCCGAAAAACUUCGACAAGCGGCAGAUGCUUCGCAAGACCAUUGGUGAUCCCGGCAUCGCAUCCGAAGUAAAUUCUGCUGUGGUGUUUUUUGUUGGAGUAACACCUGACUUGAAAGAGCGCAAGACCCUGCUUGAGGAAGCCGCAAAUGAAGGGGAUCUUGUUUCGUUUAACUUUACGGACACAUACAAAAACCUGUCACAUAAAUUCAUCAACGGCGCAAGGUGGAUUCUAGAUAACUGUCUUCUUGAUGCCAAAUCAGCGAUAGUCAAGAUAGAUGACGACAUUUUGGUAAACGUGUUCGCCUUGUCCUCAUACCUAACGAGCGGAGCGAUGGCGGUCACUGGAAUGCACUGUUUCAUGUUCAAGCAAACUGGUCCUCAGCGAAAAAAGUGGUCAAAGUGGUACGUCAGUAGAAAAGCGUACGCGUCCAAUGUGUAUCCAGCUUACUGCACUGGUGCGGCAGUCAUUAUGCAACCGUCGGUGCUGUUGACUCUUUACAAUGCUGCGAGCCAAGUUCCCUUCUUUUGGGUAGAUGACGUCUACGUGUAUGGUAUGAUAGGAGACUUUGCGAACGUCACACUCGUGGACAUAUCGAAAUAUAUUGUGUUACGAGCUCAUAGACGUAUGCCUAUUGAGAAGGUGAAACCGACUGUGCUGUUUCUGCAUACGGGUUGGACGACAAUAACAAAGAGGAACAUUCAUCGGCUAUGGCAAAAAUUUAAGCGCAAUAAGCACGUAUUGUGGAAUAAAUUUAACAAAGAUGUCCAGGUGUACUAUCGUCGUAUAGCUACUCCUACAAAGAAGUAGCAAGGGAAGGAAAUCAGGACCUGUGAAUUUUGAGUUCUGGCUACUUGACAGCGCUAGGCAUUUUGUUCACUCAUGACAGUUCCAAUAACUCUGUUUUAAGGCAGCGGAAACGCUCUCCAGGCGCGCCGACAUGGCUUGAAGCAAUAUAUAAACAAUAUUUCUAUUUUUCUUUGAUAUUGAAAACAAACAUAUAGAUUGAUA